AUGAUGCCGAUGAUUAAAUUAAUACUGCUAUUGUUCCUGUGGUCUGCGGUUCAAAGUUCACCCUAUGAUGAUGGCAAAUAUAAACCGAAAAAAUAUGAUUUUUACGAUGAUGGAAAAUAUUAUAGACCUUUAGAUGAAGGAAAAUACAUUCCAGGAGAUGAAGGACGAUACACCUAUAUUUAUCAACAGGGCUUAUAUCCAUUCGAUGAUGGGGACUAUCGAUACGUGCAUCAGGUUGGCCCUAAUGGUGGUUUUGGUGGUAAUGGAGGCUUUGGAGGUAACGGAGGCUUUGGAGGUAACGGAGGAGAAGGAGGUUUUGGACCUGGUGGUCCAGGAGGGCCAAAUGGCCCUAAUGGCCUUAACGGACCCGGUGGACCUCCUGGGCCUGAUGGCAGAGACCCUGGCUUUAGAGAACGUCCUAGUAAAUAUAGUGGAAUUAGAAUUUACGCUAGUAGAUAUCCUUAUAUUCACAAAGUCAUCAAGGGACUGGUUGAAAAAUAUGUGUCUUUCGAUGGCUUACACUUUGGAAAUGAAUACGAUAGCAGUUCCAAUCAUUUCAAGAAAGUUUAUGCCGACAAAGAAAUUGCGGUUAAGUGCAAAUAUCUAACACCGAAUUUCAAAGUCAACGAGACAUCCGAAUUCGUAACUCAAUACCCACCAACAGUGAACCUUCCAAACGGUGAGAAGUUCGGAUCAUACUAUAGUUUCAGAGGAACAAAGAUUUUGGAUACUGUUGCGAAUUCACUUAAAAAUAAACUGAAAUUAGAAUACGAGGUGUUUGUAAGGGUCGUCGACGAAGUAUCUUAA